CUCAAUUUGCUAUGGCAACACUUUUCUUCGAUGAUAGUUACAAAGAACAAUAAAAGAGCAUGUUUCUCGGAGGACCUCUUGAAAACGAUCGAAGCUUUUAGUGGCAGUGAAGCCUUUGAAAGUGGGGAUUCACGAUAUAUUGCGAAUCAAAGCGAAUAGACCUUCUGAAAGACCAUUUCUUUUGAUAAGCGAUGCUUUUGUGCGCUUUAGAUUCCCCUCCUCACCUGCAUUUUUAUGUACUGCAUUUUGGAACACCAUCUGAUUUAUAAAUGGCGCCCGAGCGCAAGGUACCCAUUCAAAAAUCCGAUUUCCAUGUUUUGGAUGAUGAGUUCCAUUCCAUUCGUGGUCGUUUCGAAUCCGAAAUGAAAAAGAUGGAAGAAGAAAUGGCGAGACUAAAAGCAAAACUGGCGGAUCACGAUCGAGGUUCUUUCAAAUCAAGUGCAUCCAUUCACAUGUCCACAUCUGAAGAGUCCAGCUCCAGUACCAAAUCCGAAAAUCACAGUGGUUCCUGGAUGGAUGACCUGAAUUCUUCUCCCCUCGUGCAAAAUGGCAAUGACGGCAAGAAUCUCAAACUGAGGUUCGAUGUCAGCGAUUAUGCACCAGAAGAAAUUCUUGUCAAAACUAUCGACAACAAACUGAAGGUCUCUGCGAAACACGAAGAGAAGACACCCAAUAAAACCGUCUACAGGGAAUACAAUCGUGAAUUUAUGUUACCUGUGGGUACCAACCCAGAACUCAUUAAGUCUGCAUUGUCCAAAGACGGCAUCCUAACCAUUGAAGCUCCUGUUCCAGCUAUCGAUUCUUUCAAAGAGCGCACGAUACCCAUUGACAAGUGUUAAAUGGCUUAAACAGCUCCUCUUUACUGUCUUUCUUGUAGUGGACUAAAACGAUCAGUGUAGAUUUAUUGUUGUUGUUGUUGUGUGUGUGUUGCUAUUUAACAGGACUGUGGAAUACUCAUAACAGACCCUAGUUUCAGUUAAUGUGAAAUCUUUGUUUUAAAAUUCAAGAAGUAACUAGACGUAAAAGCAUUAGAUUCAGUUUCCUUUUAUUUUGAUCAAAAUGUCAAUUAAUCAUAAGCUUUUACAAUAGUUUUUUACAAUCAUAACCAAUUCAUAAUAAGUUUUUUGCAAUAGUAUCAUAAGGUCAUAAGUGUUUUCGUUUUUCGUUAAGUUACUAUUGCAAAAAUCAUAAGUUUUUUGCAAUAGUAUAUAAUUAAUUUUGUUGUUAGUUACCUAUAAUCUCAAGUAUAAAGCAAAGUGUUUCGAUUUCACUUAAGCAAUUAGUUGCGGAAGAUGGUGGAUAAAUUUUUAAACUUUGAAUAGAAUUUUUUAUUUUUGCUGUUAAAUUAUGAACAUUUAGAAAUUUACUAUUUUGCAUUACUUUGUUUUUCUUCAAUUAAUUUUAUAUUACACAAUAUAUAUAUAUUUUAUGUCUAUAAAAUUUUUUUUAUUUUUUAAUAUUCUUAUAGUUGUUACUCACAUUUCUGAAAUUUGUACCCAUUUUUAUUUGAAUUGUAGUAUUUAAGGAAGUAAAUUAGCUUUUAUUUUUGAUUUUUAUACAUUAUUAAAAUUUGUCGCAGAGUGUACAAUUACACUGAAGCAUUUCUUCGGGUUCCAUUAUACGGGUGUGACUUACGUAAUUUAAACUUAAUUAUUUAAACCCAGAAAUUAAAUUCAUUUUAAAAUGUUUUUUGUAAAUUCUAUUUUCCCACAGUCCUGAUCUCUUGUCAUUUGAUAAUUUAUUUUUAGUACCGGGUCAUUAUUUUUUCGUGUUGCACAAAAUUUUGCCAAUUAGGUGAUUAAGAACUUUCUUUUGGUUUACCUAAAAGAAAACUUACAGCCUUUAAAAUAAAGUUACUAUGUAUAUGCCAAAUUGAAAAGAAUUUUUUUAUCGUGUUUGGGCGACAAAAUUAAAUGGAAUAUGACGAAUAAUGAACCGGUCUUUUUUUCUUUUUUUCACUGAGAUAAAAUUUUCAUAUUCUACGAUAUUCAUCCGUUGUAUAGAAUUAUAUAUCAUUGUUGUAGAUGUAAUUUAGGUCUUCUGUUUUGCCAACAUUCCUCCGAGAAGCUCAGUUUGCUUCCUAUUAUUAUUAUUAUUAUUGUGGCAAUUCGUGGGUAUUAAAUGUUGCGCUGAGCUUAUUGCUAGUUUAUAAGACAAGCCUGCAACAGGGCGAAUUUUGAUGUAUCAUAUACUUAAUUGAUGAUUGUAAAUUUGAAGAAAUAUAUUUGACGAACGAGGAAAUAAAUUUCUAUGUAAAUCUUA